AUGGCCUCCACUGAGAAAGACGACAUCAAAGCCGCGUUGAGUGAGAAGGCGUCCACUCACUCAGACCUCAACGAGAAGGCGGACUUGGUUCUGGCCGAUAUUGCCGUAUUGGAGAGCGACAUUCAAGCUGUUCCCGACGACAUCCUUGAAGCUGCUGAAUAUGCGCGGACGAUGAGCCAUGAGGAGGUUGAAGAGACCAUCCACCAGAUUGUCGAAGAACAUGGAGACGAUCCUAACUUCCCGCCGGCUGUUAUUGCCGCUGCCAGGCGAUACAUCGAAGACGACCAAUUGAAAGAAAACCCCGAACAAUAUCGAAAACUUUAUGAAGAACUCAAGGUAGAGGCAGCUAUGAUCAAGAUCAACUCGGCCUAUGCAGAGGUUCGCGCUGUGGUGUCGAAUCGCGACGAGGACGUUCCCGCCGGCACGUUCCGCGCAUGGCUAAUUGGUACCAUAUUCGUUGCGGCUGGCGGCUUCAUCAACCAGUUCUUCAGCAUUCGUUUUCCCGGAAUCGGUGUCGGAUCGAAUGUGGCGCAAGUCCUGGCUUUCCCUGCAGCUAAGGCUUUGGAAUACCUUCUUCCGACAACGCAAUACACGACAUUCGGCUACAAAUGGAGUUUUAACCCCGGGCCGUUCAAUCCGAAGGAGCACAUGAUCAUCACGAUAAUGGCGAAUGCCGGCUUUUCGACCCCGUAUACGAACAGUAUUAUCUGGGUCCAAUAUCUGCCUUUGUACUUCAAUCAGUCAUGGGCAACGGGUUUCGGGUACCAGAUCAUGGUCGCGCUUUCCACUAACUACAUCGGAUACGGAAUCGCGGGCCUCUGUCGGAGGUUCUUGGUCUACCCAGCGAGUGCGAUAUGGUAUACGAACCUCUCGAUCAUUGCGUUGAAUCGCGCGUUCCAUACCGAAAAGGAGACUGUUGCCAAUGGUUGGAGAAUAUCUCGAUUACGUUGGUUCUUGUAUUGCUUCUGCGCUAUGUUUGUGUAUUUCUGGUUCCCCGACUACAUAUUCCAGGCGCUAUCGUACUUUAACUGGAUUACGUGGAUUGACCCCACAAACGUGAAGCUUGCAGCAGUAACUGGUGCCGUCAGUGGCCUCGGAUUGAACCCAAUCCCUACAUUCGACUGGAAUCAACUGGUCUAUGCUGUAGACCCCUUGAUCUUCCCGUUCUAUAGUACUGUCAACACUUUCCUCGGGACGUUGAUCACACUACCCAUCAUUCUUGCGAUCUGGUUUAGCAACACAUGGUUUACGGGUUACCUCCCUAUUAAUAGUAACCAUGUCUAUGAUAACACGGGAGAGCUGUACACGGUGUCAAGAGCUGUCGGAAACAAUACACUCUUCGAUGCGGCACUGUACGAUGACUAUUCUCCCGCUUACCUGGCCGCUGGGAACAUUCUGCUUUAUGGCGUCUUCUUCGCUGUCUAUACAGCUACUCUCAGUCACGCGUUCCUAUUCCAUCGGCGCGAAAUUUGGCACGGGUUACGGAGCGUUUUCAGUCGGAAGAAGACCUCCGAGUUGCACACGGACAUUCACGUUCGGUUGAUGAUGAAGUACAAGGAGGUGCCUGAGUGGCAGUACUUCAUGAUACUAGUCGCCGCAAUCGCACUCGGCGCGGCUGGCGUGGGUGUUUACCCCACAGAGACAACGCCAGCGGUUGUUCUAUAUGGAGUCUUCCUUGCGUUCAUCUUCGUGAUUCCCAUUGGGAUUAUUCUGUCUAUUACCAACGUUCAAGUCACCCUUAACGUCCUCGCUGAGCUGUUCGGUGGUCUCUGGUUCCCUGGAAAUGCAGUUGCCAUGAAUUACUUCAAAUCUUAUGGUUACGUGACUACUGCACAUACUCUCACGUUCUCUCAAGACCUCAAGCUCGCGCACUACAUGCAUAUCCCACCAGUGAUCACGUUCUGGGCCCAGAACUGGGCGACACUCGUGUCUACGUUUGUGUGCACAGCAAUUCUCAAUUUCCAGAUGACGCAAAUACAAGGUGUAUGUACUCCGCACCAGAUCGACCAUUUCAGCUGUCCUGGCAUCAACACAUUCUUUACGGCGAGCGUUCUCUGGGGAACUCUAGGACCCAAGCGCAUGUUCGGAGCGGGUGGCAUUUACAAUGGACUGAUAUACUGCUUCCUUAUCGGCGCUGUGCUUCCUAUCCCCUUCUAUUUCCUUCGCAGACGUUUCCGCGUUUUCGAGUACUUCCACCUUCCUGUCCUCCUCACGGGCGGCUUGAUCUGGGCCCCUGGAAGCAUGGCAAAUAUGUGGCCCGCUGUUCCCGUCGCCUAUUUCUUCAACGUCUUCAUCCGCAAGCGCUACCUCGCAUGGUGGAGUAAAUACAACUAUAUCACCACUACAGCGUUCUCCGCCGCCAUCGCCAUCUCUGCCAUCGUGAUCUUCUUCGCGCUCGAGUGGCCAGGCGUGACCAUCGACUGGAUUGGCAAUAACCGUCCGUUCGAAGGAUGCGACAACGACGGCUGUCCUUUGUUCCCGAUUCCAGACUCCGGCACAUUUGGUCCUGUGGCUGGCCAGUUCCACUGA